GCAAGUUGGUCCAAAUCUUAAACUACUAUAUUUAUUACAUCUUCUACAUCCACAAGAAGAACAGACUGCAGGACCAUGGUCAUGCUGAAGCUCUCUUCCCUACUUGUUGCCUAUGUCCUGGUCAGUUGUCAGAUGUACAGCUCACAUGCAGCACCUGCCAGAACUGGUUUAGAGUCCAUGACAGACGGAGUCACGCUAAAUGACUACGAAGCCCGAAGGCUACUCAAUGCAAUUGUCAAGGAGUUUGUGCAGGUGACUUCAGAGGAACUACAGCAACAAACAAAUGAAGUAAAUAGCCUGGACACACCCAUGGAUAGACCCAUGUCCAAGCGUUGCUCCAACCUCAGUACCUGUGUGCUGGGCAAACUGUCCCAGGAGUUGCACAAAUUGCAGACAUACCCCCGUACCAAUACGGGAAGUGGCACACCCGGCAAGAAACGCAGCCUGUCUAAUAGCAACCGCUACUCAUACUAUGAAGACUCAUACGAUGAAAUCUGAGGGACAUUACCCCAUUGUUACACUGUUCCCUCUGUUCUGUUCCAUCCUAGCUUGAUGGCUGCUGAUGCAUGUUGAUCAUGCUUGCUUGGUUGGCUGCAGAGUAACCUUGAUGUCCUAC